CAUCGCUACGUCAGGAAGUGCGUGUACGGCUACGACCGGAGUCGAGACGAGGAGCGAUGAUGGAGCUGCGUCCACCUGAGAAACUGCGCUCGUUAUGAUGAUUGCGGACGCUCGCAGCGACGAUUGCCUCCUGCUGCGUCAUCACGAACUCGUCAUGUAGCGACACAAUCCACACACAUACGAUGUGAAUCGGAUGCUCGCAACUCGUGAAGCUAACUGUUAGCUCAGUCACAGAGCUGCUCAUGAUGAUGAUGAUGAUGACGACGAUGAUGAUGAUGAUGAAGAGGAGGAAGAGACCUUAAUGUCUGAUCAGCGACGGAGUGUCCGGUCAUCAAAUACAGACAUGGCGUCACAGCUUCAGGUGUUCUCCUCACCUUCUGUGUCCUCCAGUGCCUAUUCUCGCUCAAAGAGGCUCAAAGUAGAGAACCCUGCCUGGGAUGUGUCCAGCCAGCUUGGAGACAAUGGUUACUACCAGCAGAGUCCCAGCCAGGGAGUUGCACCCUCCACUUCUGGCUCUAACUUCAACCCAGUGUACAACCUCAACCAGGUUCAUCUGCCUGCUGCAGGUUCCCGGGAGCAGACAGUGGUGCGGGCAGCGGACAGCACAGGCAGCCUUCGUGGACCUCCCUCCUCCACCUCGUCCACCUCCUCCAGCCGCCGCAUCAAGGACGCCACGUCGUCCUCGCAGCCGUGCGACCUCUACCACAAGCAGUAUAGCUUGAAGCGGAAAAGCGAGGAGGUGGACAGCAGUGACAGCGUCCAGAUACUGGAGGAGCUCUCGGCACCUGUCGUCUCAAACCGCGCUGGUGGUGGUGGAGGAGGGACCACCACUGCUCAAUCCAUAGCACAUUCCACUUCUACGACAAAGAGCAGCAACUCCCACAGCGAGGGCGACUACCAGCUGGUCCAGCAUGAGAUCCUGUGCUCGAUGUCAAACAGUUACGAGGUGCUCGAGUUCCUAGGGCGCGGCACUUUUGGUCAGGUGGCGAAAUGCUGGAAGCGCGGCACAAAUGAGAUCAUGGCCAUCAAAAUCUUGAAGAAUCACCCCUCUUACGCUCGGCAGGGACAAAUAGAAGUGAGCAUCCUCAGCAGACUGAGCACAGAGAACGCAGACGAGUUCAACUUUGUCCGCUCAUACGAGUGUUUCCAGCACAAGAACCACACGUGCCUUGUGUUCGAGAUGCUGGAGCAGAACCUGUACGACUUCCUGAAGCACAGCAAGUUCAGCCCGCUGCUGCUCAAAUGCAUUCGGCCCAUUCUGCAGCAGGUGGCCACGGCGCUGAUGAAGCUGAAGAGCCUGGGGCUGAUCCACGCCGACCUGAAACCCGAAAACAUCAUGCUGGUCGAUCCUUUGCGGCAGCCGUACCGAGUGAAAGUGAUCGACUUUGGCUCCGCCAGCCACGUGUCUAAAGCGGUUUGCUCCACCUACCUGCAGUCGCGGUACUACAGAGCUCCAGAGAUAAUCCUGGGACUUCCUUUCUGUGAAGCCAUCGACAUGUGGUCUUUAGGAUGCGUCAUUGCGGAGCUGUUUUUGGGAUGGCCCCUUUAUCCUGGUGCAUCAGAGUAUGAUCAGAUACGUUACAUUUCCCAGACCCAGGGUCUCCCAGCAGAGUACCUGCUGAGUGCAGGAACCAAGACCUGCCGCUUUUUCAACAGAGGGCCCGACUCAAGCUACCCACUCUGGAGACUGAAAACGCCCGCGGAACACGAGGCAGAGAUGGGGAUCAAAUCAAAGGAGGCGCGUAAAUACAUCUUCAACUGCCUUGAUGACAUGAUGCAGGUGAACAUGACAAACCUGGAGGGGACAGACAUUUUGGCAGAGAAGGCCGACAGACGGGAGUUCAUAGACCUGUUGAAGAAGAUGCUGACGCUGGACGCAGACAAGCGCAUCACGCCCGUGAAAACCCUGAACCACCCGUUUGUUACCAUGACACACCUGCUGCACUUCCCUCACAGCUCACAUGUGAAGUCCUGCUUCCAAAACAUGGACAUAUGCAAACGCCGAUGCAGCGCCUUUGAGAAUGGAAAAAAUAUGUUUGCCAACAACAACACCCCAAGUGCAGCCACCAACCUCACUGUCACCUUUAGUAGCCAACUAAACCAGCACAACCAGAUGUCCUCCACAGGAGGCCAGUCUCUGUCUCUCAGCAGUAACGUCCCACUGCUGAACUACCAGCCUGGCCUCUACCAGCAGGCCACCAUCAACAUCCCUGGCCUGACCCAGCAGGGCGUUCCCCUGCAGACCAGACCCACCCAGCUCUGUGCCCAGACCGAACCCUUCCAGCAGACACUCAUAGUGUGUCCCCCCACCAUCCAGGGUCUUCAAACAUCCAAUAAGCCCUCUGGUUAUCCUGUGAGGAUGGACAACUCGUUGCCCUUAGUUCCUCAGAACCAGUCAUCCCAGUCUCUUCACAUCCAGCCUGGCAUGCUGACACAGGCCUCCGUCCUCGACCCCCUGCUGUUUGGCAGCCUGUACGCCUCAGUGGCAGCAAUGCCACAUUUAGGCUCGGUCCAGCCGCCAGUUGGCUGCAGAGGUGGAAACCUCUGCAGCUGUCUGGAUCAGAAUGCCUCCAUGCUGCAGGGCUGGCCAGCAGGCACUCAGCAGAUACUCAUCCCUUCAACCUGGCAGCAGAUGCCAGGCAUGGCCAUCCACAACACUGGGCAGACCGUAGUGCCCGACUCACCCAUGGGAGCAUCUGUCUCUGACAGUCAACAAGCUUCCGGCUGGAGGGGUCGUCGUGGCAGCCAGUAUGACGGUGUCAACCAGCAGGACUCUGGUGCUGGCCGUCUCCAAAACCACAACUCAGGGGCCACUCACUCAAGAGCCCAACAGGGCAAGAGGUCAAAGGCUCGACAUGCUGAGCGCAGAGCCAGAUCUGUGUCAUCGGUGCAUUCAGCCACCACUGUGGUGAACAACACCUCAACAUGUGCUGGCGACCAGACUCAGCCCAUUGUCAUCUCUGACACGCCCAGUCCUGCCGUCAGCAUCAUCACCAUUCACAGUGACUCAGAGGAUGACGACGACAGGAAGUUCCCUGCUGCAUGCUCUGGAACGAGCCAGAGGACCAACGUGAUCAGUUGUGUGACAGUACAUGACUCUCAUGACUCUGACUCCUCCACCAGCAGCCCCCUCAGCCCCAAGAGCAGCUCACAGCCCAGCAAGUCUCUGGCUAUCAUCCUGCCCUCUGUGAAGAGCCAGCCAGGAGAGAGCACAACCCACAAAGCUCCAGCAGCUCCAGUUCAAGCUGUAAGUGGCUUUGGAAAGUCAAAGAAGGGAUCGACAGUUCAGUCCAGUCGGCCCGGAGAUUCCAACACGGAUCGGCAUCAGCGGGCGGCUUCCAGCAGAUCUCAGCCUCUUAACCUGAGUCAGGUACAGCAGUCGGUAAUGUCAUCAUCCCAUGAACAAACAGUAACCAGUAUCUCCCUGAGGCGUCAGCCCACGUAUCCCCCUCCGGUCUCGUCCCACUCGUCCUACCGCCCCCACGAGAGCACCCUUUUCACCUCGACCCCCAACCUGUAUGCCUACCCGGCAUCAGCCGCGUUGGCGUCCGUGUCUCAGGCUGUGGACCAAAUGCACGGCGGUUCGUCCCGCCACAGCAGAGCGGGUGGAGCGUACCCCUCACUCGCGCUGCUGCAGAAGAACAGCAACUUGGCCCUGGGAGGUUCUACUCCGGGGCAGUUCACCAACCACCCCCAACAUCACCAUCAUCAUCAGCAGCAGCCGCAGCAUCAGCAUCUGGGGGAGCAGCCGUUCCAUCGCUCCAGUGCGGCUUAUCAACGAAAACUCAACCAGUAUCCCUUCCUGUAAACACUGACGGAUGCUCUGCGCGAAGACCAAAUGAAGACCAAGACUAGAGAGGAGCACAAGCCUCGUUACAGGCAGGUGGGAUUUGACUUGUUCUCUGCUUCAGUUUUUAAUUUCCUUUACUGUCAAGCUUUCGUUUUAAGGAGCUUUUGCUGGUUAGUUUGGAUAAAAUAACCGUGGAAUGCAUUUGUAUUUUAAUCAUGUUCAGUUUUAAUUUUAAGCUACUCCUUCCUUUGGAGUUAGUCAUGACACAAUGUGGAUCAGGACAGCAUAUGAAUCCACAUCAGAUAAACCAGACAGGAAUUGUUGCACUGUAUUUUUAUUCUAAAACUAGGGUGACCAACACAGUAAAUGAGGGACAAAGACAACGUGGGACGC